CGACGCAGCGGAAACGGCACGCCUGCAAAGGCGGGGCCCCCUGCAAAUGGCCAUUUGACGGUUGAAGCACAUGCGGCGCAGGAUGACGGGCAAGCGGGUCCUAGCGGGCGACCACCUGCCCUAAGUAUGCGCGCUAGUGGCGGUGGAGGUGGCGGCACGCACAAGCGUCUGCAUGCUGGAGCCUGCUUCCUUAUUGGUGUCGCUGGGGGCACCGCGUCGGGCAAGACAACCGUCUGUGACCAGAUUAUGCAGCGACUGCACGAUUCGUGCGUUGUUAUGCUAAGCCAGGACAGCUUCUAUCGAUGUCUCACAGAUGAGGAGCGCCAGAACGUUGGAGCCUUCAACUUCGACCACCCCAGCGCGUUCGAUGUGCCGCUGCUGAUGAAGACGCUGCAGGACCUUCGGGAGGGCAAGUCCGCGGAGGUGCCAAUCUACGACUUCGCCAAGCACUCGCGCUCGGAGGAGACGCACACCACUGGCCCAGCCGACGUGAUCGUGGUGGAGGGCAUCCUGGUACUGGCGAUGCAGGAGGUGCGGGAGAUGUGCAACAUGAAGAUCUUUGUGGACACGGACGACGACCUGCGACUGGCCCGCCGCAUCCAACGUGACGUGGCGCACCGCGGCCGCGACGUGGCUAGCGUGCUGAAGCAGUACACGGAGCACGUGAAGCCCAUGUUCGACAUGUACGUGGCGCCCAGCCGCCGGCAUGCGGAUGUCAUCAUCCCCUGGGGCAACCGGGACAACAACCUAGUCGCCAUCGACCUGAUCGUGGAGCACAUCCGCACCAAGCUGCAGCAGCCCGACCUCUGCCGCGUCUUCCCCAACUUCCAGAUCAUCCCCUCCAACUUCCAGAUCCAGGGCAUGCACACAAUCAUUCGUGACCGGGAGACCAGCAAGGAGGACUUUGUGUUUUACGCGGACCGGCUCAACCGGCUGGUGGUGGAGGCGGGGCUGGGCUUCCUGCCCUUCACCGAGCGCAGCGUCAUAACGCCCACCGGCAACGCCUACUCGGGCGUGGGGUUUGCGCGAAAGCUGUGCGGCGUGAGCAUCAUUCGCAGCGGCGAGGCCAUGGAGGCGGCGCUGCGGGCGUGCUGCAAGGGCAUCAAGCUGGGGAAGAUCCUGGUGCACCGCCACCGCGAUAGCUCGGACGUGAUCUACGAGAAGCUGCCCUCCGACAUCGCCGACCGCCACGUCAUGCUGCUGGACCCGCUGCUCACCACCGGCGGGACGGCCGUCAAGGCCAUCCAGAUCCUGAAGGACCGGGGCGUGCCUGAGGACCGCAUCCUGUUCCUGACCAUCAUCGCCGCACCCGAGGGCGUGCACCGCGUGUGCAGCAGCUUCCCCGGCGUCAAGCUGCUCACCAGCGAGGUUGACGAGUACGUCGACAAGAACUACAUGCUGGUGCCUGGAGCCGGAAGCUACGGGGACCGCUACUUCUGCGAGUAAGCUGCGCAUGAGUGGCGCGCGCGGCAUGCGUGGUGAUGGACACCAAGCAGGGCCCAACAGGCUGUGGCGGUGGCAGUAACCGGCAGAGACAGUGGCUGCCGGCGGCAUUGACAGGCUGUGGCGGUCCCGGGCUGGGCAAACAAAAGCCGGUCAGUAGCAGGAGCCCCAGCGGCAGGCCAAGAAGCGCGCGCACCUACAGGCUGUGCCCUUUGCGGGUGUGGAUUUUGGAGGGAGUCUGGCAGCAGGGCGGUUGCGGCGCCGAUGCAGGUGUGGCAGCAGCAGCUGCAGGCCGGCCGGCCAUAGCCAUAGCCAUAGCAGCAGGAGCGUACGACAGGCUGUGUGACCAGGCAGCUGCUGCCGCGUUAGAAAAGGCGUAGACAUGCACUUUGCUGACCAAGUCUGCGUGGAACGCGCCUUACCGUAUCGUCAAUUAGUGGCUCGGGCUACGGGACAGACGACCUGCAAAAUAGAAGGGCGCCCAUGCGUGAUCCUGACUUGAUGGGCAGCAGCGCAACGCAAUACAGUGUGGCACGCAGUUGUACGCAUAUUCACGAGGAAGACAGCAUGGGAUCUUGGACUGGGUUAGCUGCUUGAGGGUUCAGGGUCAGCGGUGUUGGGAGUUCAUUGUUGCUGUGAUAGGGUGGCUAUAGCGAAGGACUGCGAGAGAUUAGGCAGGAUUACAUGUGCCGGCAUGUGUGCGCGUCCAUUUUUGUAUCGGCUGGCAUGAUGUAGGUAGGGCAGAAACGGCAGCAGCAAGGCUGGUGUGUUCGAAAGCACAAGGAAAUAAACGCAAAGACUGUGUAUGCGAUGCAGCAACGCGACGGCGUACGGAUGUUACCUAAAACUACCUGCAUAUCUGCUGCUGAGCUGCCACCGGCUUACCAUCAUCAUGCAACUCCCGUCUACCGAGCCUUGAGUGGGAAUUUGUGUCCACACGCUCUCAAGGGGGCUGGUGUGCGUGUGUGUGUGUGCGUGUGUGUGUCACGACAACGUGUGGCUGACGCGCUUGGUGCGACGGCGGUGUACACUCUCAGCGGCUGGCGGAAGAAAUGUGGCAAACGGCGUGACAGGAGCAUUACAAGCGCGAGCGCCGGGUAUGUGGUAAUUCAUCCACGUUAGUGGCAGUGAGCUUUCGGUGAUAGAGCUAGGAAAGUAUCUGCAGCAGAAGUCGGCGAGGGUAGAGUGGUGGACCACGCGCGGAGUUCCGUGCGUGUGUGCUUGCAAAGGGGCUAAGAAGGAAGGCCGCUACAUUGAUAAGGGACAGCGCCAGGGCAGCGUGGCAGCGGUGCGGAGCACUACGGUACAUUGUAAACUCGGCUCUUG